AUGUCGACAAAUAUUCUGGCUCUCUUUUUGGUUUGCCUAGUUGGCUGUGCACAGGUAGCACGCACGCAGUCGUCUGGAUCAUCGUGCGCUGCGCAAGGUGCUACAGAAUGGAGUUUGGAGUAUGGCAUCCCGCUCCUCGCCUACGAGAAAGCGGUUGGAAGCCUGUUCAAAGCAGGUAUAGGAGCAAAUCGACUCAUUGCAAGUUCUACAUUAGCCACUCCUCAGUCAACAGCCGUGGUCAAGCCUAACAGGGACACGCUCUAUGCCAGUGUCUGGUACGAUCUGUCUCAGCAGGACCUGGUGGUGGAUGUUCCACAAGUUGACAACCGUUAUUUUGCUGUUUCAUUCUACACGCCAUAUGGGGACAAUUACAUGAAUUUGGGUCCCGUCGGCGGCAAUCCCACCGGCGACUAUCUUCUGACACUGGCGCCUUCUAGCAGUGUCAUGGGGACUUUGUCGACAUCUAGCAGCAGCGGUGGCUAUAUGGGUACUGUGUACUCGCCCACUACUUUUGGUGUUAUUCUGUUUCGAGUCCUCCUCAGGAAUGCAGCCAGCGACUUAUCUGCCGUGAACGAAAUCAUAAAAGGCUACAACAUCACCGUGGUAUCCCGUAAUGGGUCGGCGGUUGGCCCUGCGCUCGACAUGGCCAUGUUCACAAACUUGCCAAACUCGACGGCGCAGAGCGUCAUGGAGCUGAACGCACGUUUCGAGCCUGUGUCUCCUUACAAUGCCACCGGGGACAAGUCUCCUCCCACCACAUCCAACUUCACCCAGGCCGGCAUUUCAGGGGCCGCGUACACUGCACCGAACUGUGUCAACAUGACCUCAGCUUGGACGGCGGCCCAGACGGCCGUACAGACGUUCCCUCUCGCCAAUGGGAGCGUGCUGAACAUGGGCAAUGGGUGGACUAUCAACAACCCGGAAUACUCGGGUCUAUAUGGCACCAACAUCGUGGCUCGCGCCUUUAUUGCGCAGUUCGGUUAUUUAAUGCUUCAGCCUGACCAAGCCAUUUAUCCCUCCUUCUCCGGAAAUCUCAGCCUGAUGGCCAACGAGUCUUACAUUCUACGCUUCUCCGGCAGACCACCCCUGACGAAGCUCGGGUUUUGGAGCGCCACCAUGUACAAUGUCGCCGGCUAUUUUGUGGAGAAUCCCAUUAAUAGAUAUUCUCUAGGCGACCGCGACAACAUAACUUACCCAGAUGGCUCUCCUGUGUACGGACCAGGCAGUGAUUCCACUGUGGACAAGCCGUUUGACAUCCUUGUCCAGGCCGACCAGCCACCGAGCAAUUGGACAUCCAACUGGCUGCCUUCCCCUGCGGAGCCGGGUCCUUUCGUCCUCCUGCUUCGCUGGUACGUGCCUGAGCUGGGGCUCUCGAAUGGAAGCUACGUCUACCCUCUGAUAACCAAGGGAGGUGCCAUUACCGGGGACGUUGAGUCGCAGUCCUCGCCAUCUCCAGCCAUCCCAUCAUCGUCUGCGGAGCCUACGUCUGGGUCUGGGUCUGGAACAGCUUCUGUUAGCACCUCCGCAGCCUCAACGGCCAGCCCAUCUUCAAGUUCCGCGUCCUCGGCUGCAGCGCAGAGACUGAAUCCUCUGGCAACACGUCCUGGUUCGAAUGGGAUGAUGCAGCAAGUCUUGAUGCUCCUGGUCGGAAUGGGAUAUCUUGGUCUGCUGCUUUGA